UACUGUAUACACGCGUAUAGUUUUUGCCGCGAGAAUGGGUGAGUAUCAUCAGCAGAGUCACAAGGGCACGGCGUUCACGCACUCGUGCGUAAAAGUGCCGAGGGAUCCGUUCAGCCGUCAGCCCACCCCUUUUUACGAGAGGCCAAAAACGCGGCGGAAUCAGCAGUCGUCGGACAGUGUUUGCCACUCGCCGACUUUGAGCAGCGCCCGAGACGAGCUGGCGGACUUUUACGAAAAUUUGCCGGAUCACGAGGAAGUGCAACAAUUAUCGAACGAGCAGUUCAAGCAAAAACUCGAUUAUCUCAAGCGAAAGCAGCGUAUAUUGCUGAAAAAUUUACGCAACUGUCUGGAGCAAGACGAGGCAACGGCGGCAGCGACGGCGUCUGCAACUAAUUUAGACCGUUUAUCAACGGCCAGCGUGAGAUCGCGCUGCCCCAGCGUGAAAUCUCCCAACAACAACAAUAUCAGCAGCACCAACAGCAUCAACGAGCUCAGUCUAAAAGGUAGACGCUGCAAUUUUGAAGAGUCGCCGACUAGUCAUCACAAUAAUAGCAUGCCGUCUCUGCUGCUCUCUUCAGCCAGGAUCGAUUGUCUCGAGGACGAGGCAGAUUGUCUCACGCACGGCACGAGAGGCAAGGAACGCGAAAAGUCAGCCAAGCAGCGCAGAAACGAGAAAAUUCUAUUGGGCAAGAGCGACGAGAGUCCGGAUAGCGAGGCCGAGACCAAGAGUUUGCCACCUCGCAGCUCGUCGGAUCGAUGGCAGCCGACUGUGCCCAAACCCUUCAGUUUCACCGCCAAAGAGGACGCGGAAAAGUACAUGUCACAAUUGGAGCAUCAAUUGGAGAACGAUUUCUGGUCGUCGCCGAGCAGAUUGAGUCGCAAGAGCCCGGCGAAAAAACGACGCAUUCGACGGAUACCGUUAACCUCGAAAAUACCCAUGUACGAUAAGCUCUGCGCGGAAAAGGCAGCGAGAAGUCGCUUCAUCCGCGAGGAAUGCGCCCUCAACCUCAUGUCUCAGGUGCGCCCGUUCAAGCUCGAGUGCGAUCGCCGAGCCAUGCGAGCGCUGACACGCUCCAGUCCCGAGCUCCGAUCGAUCGGCAGCGAGAGCGGCGUCGGUGGCGGGAAAAAAUCAUCGCCCAGUACGCGAUUCCGCGCCAAACCCGUUCCGCGACACUUGCUCAGUAGCGACGUGUACGAUCGUAUGCUCGAGGACGAGUACUUCAGAAACAUACAGAAGCGCAUCAGGGCGGCUGAACUGCUGCGCUCGUCGUCGCUGCCGCCGUCGAUGGCGCGACGGGACCGCUGCAAAUCCGCAACGAGUUUGUUAUCGUCCUCGAUCGCCAGCAAGAGUCCGGAGGAUCAUCAACAACCCAACAAAUCCAAGACGAGCGGCAGCAGCAGCCAAGCUGGUGGUGGCGAGGUGCCAUCGGGUCGAGCCGACACGCCCCUGUCGUCGUCGCUGAGAGCCCAUUCCCUGGCAAUGACAACGGCGAGCUUGCCACCGCACGGCAAUAACAUCGCCGCCAUGCUCAGAGCUCAGGCGUCAAGGGAAAAGCUGGCGCGCGAAAUACAGGAGAGGCUGGAGGAGAAGCGCCGAGAACAGAUGCUUCGGAUGCGGAAAACUUUAAUUGGCAGAAAGCCGGCCUGGCGAGCUUUGCGAUCCGCCGCGAGGCACGAGCACGAGAGGGACAUGGAUUUUCGAGCCUCGCUGCGCAGGGACGAGGCACGUGAGCAGGCGGAGCGCCAUCGCAUGCAAAUGGAAAUGAUGCUCGAUCGUGUAACGAGAAUACCAACGCUUUUCGAGCGCUACUCUCAGGACGACGAUGCGCUGACGUUACAGAGCUUCCAGAACUCGCUGCGCCUCUGCCCGAGGCUUCAGGAUUCCUUUUGCUUCGAGCCCUCGCGCUACCUUCAUCAUCAUCAUCACGCGCAUCAUCAGCAACAGCAAGGCGGCAGCAGCACCACCACCAACCACAACAACAACAACAAUGGCAUAUGCUCCUCGCGGCGGAAGAAAAAAACAUACAACUGCAGCACGAGUAAACAUCGCAGCUCGAGCAGCGCCGACUCGUACGCCAGUCUGCUGAGCAUGAGCUCCGAGCGGCCGAAUUCCGUGGGCUCGCUGACCAGCUCGUCGCCCGAUUACGACGCCCGAAAACUCUACUCGAGAUUGGAAAACAACUGCGGAAUGAACGCGAAGAAGAAGGGACCGCUGAGAGUGUCGAUCAACGAAAAAGCCGAGCUCAUCGACGACGAUCACGCUAACAUGACGACUCACCAUCAUCAUCACCAUCAUCAUCAGUGUAGCAGCAAAAAGGACAAGGAGAGAGCCAGUUCCGAGUGUUUGAACAGCGGCGGUGGCCCGAGGCUGUAGCAGCACUGCUGAUGUGGAUGGCCGGCGAGCGACAAAUUGACUGGUUUAUUGUCGAGAUUAGAUUUGAUCGAUUGAGGAGGAGGUAACGAGUUCGAGUGCAAUCUAAUUUAGGUUUUAAGGGAUGUUUUUCGACGAUGCUUGCUACAUUUUGUAACUGUUCUGAUUUUGUACGCCACUCGUAUGCGCGAGAAUAAGUCUAACGUACUCCGACGAAAAAGAACGCACAAUAGCUCAGAUUUAUAUUAUAACCGUUAAGACUAUGUAAAAUAAUUAACCUAGUGAUAAUGAUAUCGAUGAAACAUAACGCGAAACGAACAGACUACUAGUAUAUAGUUUUAAAAGAUAGUGAUGUACGUUGAAUGUUAGAUAUUUGAAAAAGUCGCAUUCUCAUCGUGCAGCAUAUCGACUGAAUUCGUACGCAAACCACAAUACUUUAAACUCGUUGAAAAAUAAAAAGUGGAAAUUUUCGGAUUAUUAUAUAAAAAAGACUCACCAGAGAGAUUACGCCGAUGUUUGCAAAAUGCAUUAAGUAAUGCCAUUUCGAAUCCGGUUCGAAUCGUCGCUUAUAACCGUCGUCGACUCGCGAACAAUCGCACAAAUUGCUCCAAGUAUUUGAAUGCGCAGCAUCAUUGCCUUGCUAUUAUAGAUACGUCGUCGCAGAAAUAUGGAAAUCCGUCUAUAAUAUGCUACGCGAUUUGCCGAAAGCCAUGUUCUGUAGCGAUAUCCGUUAAUCUUUUGAGUAUUUAUAACACUCUUAUUCAUCUGGACAAGCUACUCGCGCACGUCAGCUACACACACACACACAAAACACUUGCAUUUUACACUUUAUAGAAUAAGAUACGCGUCCCGACAUCGAACACUCGAUUGUGUACAACUCUAUGUAUACUCUGAAGGCAAUCCCACUCGAAAACGUAAAAAACAUAAGUCGGUGGAUCGUCGGCAUCGAAGCGCGCCGCGAUCACCGAUGACACUAAUUAGGAGAGACAAAGGGUCUUGCCCCUUCUCGCUGGCGCUCGCGCGCGGCACGCGUCGUUCCUCUCUCGCUUCGUCGCUGCCUCCCCCCCACCCCCUCGCGACGCUACUAUGAAUGCUCUAUCUAACGGCCGGCACUGAUUUUGGCGCGCGAGCGAAUGUUUAUAACCGUCUCUCCCUGACCACACACACACGCACGCACACACUUGCUGCAUCCAUCGUCGUUAUAUUUUUCACUUCAACGUUCGAAGUUUUCUUCUGUUGGCUCGUCAUUGCGAUUCCGUUACUUUAUUGUACGUUCGAAUGUAAUUUGUAUGUUUUAUUAUACGUUUAAAUGAGAAUUGAAUGCAUGUUGUUCGUCAGUUAAGUCGAUUUAGUUAGACAAGUAUAUAUUUGAAUGAACAAUUACUAAGGCACGAUCGAAUAAAAAAACAACGACAAGUUAUGCAAUAAUAAUCGAAUUCAACAUCGAUAAAAUAUAAAAUUCUUAAAACUUUUAAAAUAACAUUGAAAAAGGAUUAUCUUUCUUAUUAAUUAUAGAUUUCGAACAUUAUAUUUAUCGAGUAGAGUAGUUUCAGCCGUUAACGCACUGAAAGUUGAUACUUAAAAAAAAAGAAAAAAAAUCAGCACGUUAUUUGCGAUUGAUUGUAAUCGUUGGCGAAACGUGAAUGAUUUUGUAAAUUGUAACCUACGUCAUUUUCGAAGGCUGAAAGAAAAAAAAGCCGGGUAAACCCAACAACGACUAUACUUUGAUAACUACUUUAGAAUUAUGUAAGCAGCAAUUUUGGGAUGCAAUUAUUUAUAAGAAAAGAGAAAUAUUUGAUCUCACCCAAUUAAGGAAUAAUAAAUUAUCUCGAAACUAUGUGCAAUAGUUAAAGACAGAAACAAAAAUGUUAUACAAUUAUAUGCGGAAAGAAGCCGAACCACGUGUGUAAAUGCAAAUCAGGGGGAGGACAGAUUGUUGCAGUAUAUUGUGCUACUGUAUUACGUGCGAAUGUAUCAUUGUUUACGUGCCUCUUAUUACAUGUGCUCCAUAUAAUUAUUGAGGAGAUAUUCGUUGUUUACCGUUUUCGUUGUAAUCAGUCGUUGAGCAUAUUAUGUGUAUAUGUGCGCGGCCCAAUUAUAGGGGCCAAUUAUUGUGUUAUUUGCAUUGUCGAAAUUUUAUUGUCUCAUUAAAAAGCUUUCGCUGUCCAAUAAAUAAAAA